GUCGCGUUUGUUUGGGCAGGCUGCCCGUGAAUAGGUAAGAUGGCGGCCGCGGCAGUGGUAGAGUUUCAGAGGGCUCAAUCUCUCCUCAGUACGGACCGCAACGCGUCCAUCGACAUUUUGCAUUCAAUAGUGAAGCGAGACGUUAAGGAGGACGAUGAGGAAGCUGUUCGGGUUAAAGAGCAGAGCAUCCUGGAGCUGGGAUCUCUCCUGGCCAAGACGGGACAGGCUGCGGAGCUGGGGGGCCUGCUGAAGUACGUGAGGCCGUUCCUGAUCUCCAUCAGCAAGGCCAAGGCGGCCCGCCUGGUGCGCUCCCUGCUGGACCUCUUCCUGGACAUGGAGGCGGCCACGGGGCAGGAGGUGGAGCUCUGCCUGGAGUGCAUCGAGUGGGCCAAGGUGGAGAAGAGGACCUUCCUACGCCAGGCCCUGGAGGCUCGUCUAGUUUCCCUGUAUUUGGACACAAAGAAGUACCAGGAGGCCUUGCUGCUCGGCUCUCAGCUCCUGCAGGAGCUGAAGAAAAUGGACGACAAGGCCCUGCUGGUGGAGGUGCAGCUGCUCGAGAGCAAGACCUACCACGCGCUCAGCAACCUGCCCAAGGCCCGAGCCGCCCUCACUUCUGCCAGGACCACGGCCAACGCUAUCUACUGCCCGCCCAAGCUUCAGGCAGCCCUGGACAUGCAGUCAGGGAUCAUUCACGCCGCCGAGGAGAAGGACUGGAAGACGGCCUACUCCUACUUCUACGAGGCGUUCGAAGGCUACGACUCCAUCGACAGCCCCCGAGCUAUAACCGCGCUUAAGUACAUGCUCCUCUGCAAGAUCAUGCUCAACUUGCCAGAGGACGUACAGGCCCUCAUCAGCGGCAAACUGGCCCUACGGUAUGCAGGCCGACAGACAGAUGCGUUGAAAUGUGUGGCGCUAGCCAGCAAGAACAGGUCCUUGGCAGAUUUUGAAAAGGCCCUGACAGAAUACAGAGCAGAGCUGAGGGACGACCCCAUCAUCAGCACCCACCUGGCCAAACUCUACGACAACCUGCUGGAACAGAACCUCAUCCGUGUCAUCGAGCCCUUCUCCAGAGUACAGAUAGAACACAUAUCGACUCUAAUCAAACUCUCAAAGGGAGAUGUCGAGAGGAAAUUGUCGCAGAUGAUUUUGGACAAGAAGUUCCACGGAAUACUGGACCAGGGAGAGGGAGUGCUGAUUAUAUUUGAUGAGCCCCCUGUAGACAAAACCUAUGAGGCAGCCCUGGAAACCAUUCAGAACAUGAGCAAAGUGGUGGAUUCGCUCUACAACAAAGCAAAGAAGCUGACAUAGAAGUGAAGACCUCGGCUGUGGAGAAUGUGUGUGACCGGUGUAUGGAACAUUUGGGAGAAGGGGUGGGGGAAAGGGUCGGGAAUGGAAAAGACUACAGAAAAACCCACAAACUGCACCAGGAUUCCUCGGUUCCCUACGGAAAGUUUUUAACUUCUCUUUCAACGGACAGAACUUUUCAAUUGCAUCAUUUCCUCCCCCUUUCUUUUUGGUAUUCCUUUUCAGUACUCUGUAAUACUCAGCGGCCCUGCAGGCCAUCAGGGAAAACUGUACAAACACAAUAAAAAAUUAAAAGCAUAUACAGUAUAAAUAUAUAAAUAUAUCCAUCUCUUUCAGAAUAAGUCAGUCUACUCUGUUGCCAUCCAGAGGCAUGCUGCUGCCUCGACGCCCAGAGAUAUGCAGUGUGCAAAACCCGCCAUGGUCAAAGUGGUCUAAGAAUACCUCCCUCGUUCCCCUGUUGUACUUCUUACUCAAGCACAUUGAGUGGUUGGUGGACGGAAAUGUGUGGAAGGGUCUAGCAGGUUAGUCACAUGACACGCACAGUACUCCUCCUGGCUGUGUCCUUGUGUAUGCACGAUGUUACCAAUCUGUUCUCCUGCACCUCCUGCUUUCACCUCUUAUAAUGAUCAGCCAAAUGCAAGUGCUUUUGUAGAGGAGGUUAACUGUAUGGAAUUUAACCACUCUUUGCCCAUUCAUUGAGAGGACAAUUAACAUCUUUUCCAUAUUCUGUGAUGUUAGUACCUGCUACAGUCAUGUUAGUUUUUGGUCUGUUGGUAGGGGUGUCUGCUGGUCAAAGCUGAACUCUUGCCUACUCUUCCCAUAUUGAUGGUUACUCAAACGGUAGUUCAAAGGUUCCAGUAGGACAUGCCAACCGCCAGUUUGUAUUUUUUAAAGGUAAUUUUUCUAAUAAAUAUUUUGUAUUUUUGUGGAUAAUUGUAUCUCUUGCAGAACAGUUUGCCCUUCUCAAGAAAUGUCUUGUGGUUUAACGAGUGACCUAUUUGUUGUUUUUUGUGUUGUGGGGAAAAGGGAAAAGAUGGGGAAUUUAACUGAGACUGAUAUUAAGCAUGUUGAGCUGAUUUAAGAAGCCUUUAGUGUCAAAGCUGGUUUCAGGAUGAUGUUGAACACUUUGCCAUUGAAACUAGUUAAAUUGUUGACUAUAAGCAUUUUUUUGGAACAGGUCUUGAAAGUGGUGCCUUGCUACUGUUGUCAGGACAACAUGUGAGGGAGGGGCAAAUUAGUGCUUGUGUGUUCUGAGGGCUAGCCAGUUUCUAAUUGAAUGGUAAAGCUGGAGAAGCAGUUAUUGCCAUGUGCCUGUCUUUUGCCUGACUUCCUGACUGUGUUCUCGAUUGCAUACUAACCAGAGGUGGCAUUGCUGUGGGCACAGAGUGUUGCAAAGUUCUUGUUGAAGAAUAACUUUUACUUUAGUAAGUUGCUUGCUGGGAAUUAUGUUCACUGAAAACCAUGUUGCCAUAAUCUACACUUGGGUUCAGUACACCGUGUCCUGCAAUUUGUGAGGAGCACAGAGGAGAUGUACCGUGUGUGCCCAUUUUGAAAGGAGUUUCUAUUACAGGGCUAACUCAUUACACCUGGGAUGUGUAACAGGAUUCAUCAAGGGACACAGGGUUGGCUGUCUGUUUUAUUUUUAUUUUUUUAUAUUUCUUUUUUGCCUAUUUUAUUAAUAUUUCUUUUGAGUAACUAACCAUGGGUAAGGUUGUGGCUAAUGGAAAGAUGAGACUAAAAUCAGCUGGGCUUCAGCCCUUCUAUAAUGUGGGAUCUCUCAUCCCUGCCUUUGAGCAUUUUGUUAGCAUAUUAGCACCCCCAAAUGUAGAUAUAGUGUUUGCAAUUGUACAUUUUCGAUGCUCUGUUGAUUAGGGGUGGACAAUACCAAUACUGUACCUUCGCGUCAGGCUGGCAGUGAUUCACAAUGUUUUUGCCCCCCUCAAUAAUAACAAAUGAGAUUCAUGCCACUCUUAUUAUUGUACUAGUGAGUACUGAGAAUGAAUGAGUGUUCAUUUUUGCUUGGUGUAUGGCUGGUGCAAAGCAUCAAACUGCACUGAAUACUUGAUUUGUUGGGAGUCCGAAGGGUGUAAUUGCAUGAUUUGAUUUAUUUUAUGAAUAGGAUUGUUCAUUUUUUAUUGCCAGAAAUCAGAGCCUUUUGACUUCUCAAAACCUAGAUAUUCUGCGUUAUGAUGGGAUUUGCUGACCCUUGGUGCAAACAUCACCAGUUUGUUCUGCUGAGUUGGCUGAGAAAUGGCCAAGAUCUGAUCUGACGAAACUAUUACUUGUACGAAAUGGCCCUCUACUUUUUAAAGGAUUUUUUAUUGUUACUGAAUAAACAACUGGCCGUCAUAACUUGCUGCUUAACCAAUUUUUAUGUAAAGAGCAACAUUUAUUUACCUUCAUGUGAUUUGUGAGCUAAGCCGCGAUAGGCUGUAUUUCAGGCUCUUUUUGGUUACCACGGGCUUAAAUUAAAUUCCGAACGAUACCGUGCUCAUCAGAAGGCUCCAUUUUCCAAACAUUUUUUCAUCGUCUGACACACUAUCAGUUAUGAUACUGCAAGGCUGCCUUGGUGUGUUCCUUUCAUUUUGUAGUGGCACAAACCAUGUUUAAAAGUCAUCACCCCACGGUCUGAUUUUAGUUAGACUUCUAUAAGGCAAGCACAAUCUUCUUUAUGGCUUGUGUAUUUUGUCAAGCAUAAGCUUGGGUUCCAACCCGUCAUAGAAAAAUUGGCAUUUUUUCACCCAAAUUACUUUCUCUAAGUUUACGUGGUUCUUUCAUAUUUGAAAAAAUGGGUAUAUUAUGUUCUAAUUUUUUCAGGCAAGUGAUGCAGCUACACAGUUAUCCUCUAUUUCAUCUAUGACAUCAUCAUAGGAUCUCGUAGUGUCAUAUCCUCACUGACUGGGGCCAAGCCUGUGUUAAAUGAUUUUGUGUUAUGAACACAUUUGUGUCACUGCGGUGUCCUUCACAAAAUUAGGUUGAAGGCCUUUUGGCCACUAAAACUGAAACGGUGUUUAACAUGGACUUUUUAUGUUGCAGUUUUCCUUUACAGUUUAUUUAGCCUCUGAUAUUUAAUAAACUGGUCUCCACUCUGUAGGUUUUUGUUUGGCUUUUUCUUUUCUUUAUUUUUUUCCCCUAUUCGGCCUUUAUCUUAUUCUGAAAGAACUUCGUAUUGUAGCCCCUAGGCCACAGAAUCCUCCACUGAUUCCCACCCAACCAAACCAAAAAAAGAAUGAUUGCUUGUUUUGGGUUUCUUACGCCAUCAAUAUCAAAUGUACAAGCGGUUCUUGCUGACCAACAAUUACCGAGUAUAUCUGAUGUUCAGAUGAGUUCAAAUAAAAUGUUUUUUUUUUUUU